AUGUUAAGCAGUUUUUUUAUUAUAGCUGAUCAAGGUGAUAUUUUAAUUGAAAAACAUUGGAGAGGAUUAAUGAAUAGAUCAAUUUGUGAAUAUUUUUGGGAUCAAGUAUUACAAAGUAAACAAAAUGGAUCAAGUGUACCACCAAUUAUAUCAACACCAAAAUAUUAUUUAAUCAAUAUUCAAAAGCAAAAUGUCUAUUUAUUAGGAGUAUGUCAAUCAGAGGUAUCACCAUUAUUGGUUGUAGAUUUCUUACAAAGAAUAUAUGAUACAUUUGUUGAAUAUUUUGGUUCAAAUAUUACAAGUGCAACCAUCAAAGAGAACUUUGUACACGUUUAUCAACUCUUGGAUGAAAUGGCUGAUAAUGGUUUCCCUUUUACAACAGAAUUAAACUUUUUAAAAGAAAUGAUAAAACCACCUGGUGUAUUAUCAAAUGUUAUUUCAAGUGUUACUGGUACUUCAAAUAUUACUGAUAUAUUACCAAAUGGAUCUUUAGGUGCCAUUCAAUGGCGUAAAACAGGUAUUAAAUAUACACAAAAUAAAAUAUUCUUUGAUAUUAUUGAAGAAAUUGAUUGUAUAAUUGAUAGUAAUGGAUAUAUUGUUUCAAGUGAAAUUAAUGGUGAAAUAUUAUGUCAUUGUAAUUUAAGUGGUAUGCCAGAUUUAACAAUGACAUUUAAUAAUCCAAGAAUGUUAGAUGAUGUUAGUUUUCAUCCAUGUGUUAGAUAUUCAAGAUGGGAGAAUGAUAGAGUGUUAUCGUUUAUUCCACCAGAUGGUAAUUUUAAAUUGUUAUCGUAUCGUGUAAAGGGUAUCAAUCAAUUCCCAGUUUACGUUAAACCUCAAAUUAGUUAUAGUGAAGGUUCGAGUAGUGUAGGUAGAGUCAAUGUAACCGUUGGUGCUAAAGGUUACAAUGUUCAAAAUAAAUUAUCAAUCGAGGAUGUAGUUGCAACUAUCCCUUUCUCAAAGACUACCUCUUCAACUAAUUUAACCGCUAAUAUCGGUUCAUUCGGUAUGGAUGAACAAUCGAAAAUACUAAGAUGGAAUAUAGGUAAAAUACCAAAAGAGAAAACACCUUUCCUUAAUGGUACUGUCUCUUUAAUCGCUGGUUCAAUGACACCAGAAUCCACUCCUUCAAUUAUGCUCCAAUUCAAAAUACCACAAUAUGCUAUCUCUGGUUUAACAAUCGAUAGUCUUGCUUGUAGUGAAAGAUAUAAACCAUUCAAAGGUGUAAAAUGUACUACUAAAGCUGGUAAAUUCCAAGUUAGAUCUUAA